ACGCGAGAAACAAGUCUUCAUUCACGACUUAAGAAGACGGGCGUUAGGAGAAACACCCCCACCCCAAACGCGCGCGCGCACACACACAUACACACAAACGCACGCGCACGCACGCACACACAUAUAUACAUAGCCUACAAACGCGCGCGCACACACAUACACACACAAUCACACUGGACAACCCCUUAUGCACGCAACGAAACGACAGCCUGAGGCAUCGAGGUGACCACAGUGGAGGGAAUAGGGGACAUGCACGGUGGUCGGAGUGGAUAGAAGAGUGGAUACUCGUCUGCUGCUGGCUGAGCUUCACCUUUUGGGAUAAAGCUGGGGGGGAUUUUGAGAUUUUGACCCCCUUCUGUUGUUUUCUUUUUUUUUCUUUGACGUUUCUCGCAACGGACACGCGCGCAGAGGCGCAGGACCGGAGGAGCGCGCGCGCAAAGGAAUAUACGCCUUGUCUCCUUUUUGUCUUUUUUAUAUUAUUUAUUUUUUGAAUUGUUGCGACCUGCAGACACGCUUGUGGAGUAGGAGCUUGUACGGAAUAGACUACUUACUGAAGCCGCGGGUGAAGCAGUUGCACCCCCCUCCCUCCCUCCCUCCUCCCCGGGAGCACUGAGCAGCAGCAUGGCAGCUCGGCUCACCUUCCUCCUCUCAAUGCUCUCCUCGCUCAUAACGCAGAUGUUGGGAUCCGGCGUGUUCGAACUGGACCUUCACGAGUUCAAAAAUUUCAAGGGGCUGCUGGCCAACGGAGAGCCGUGCCGGCCCGAGUGCAGGACUUUCUUUCGAGUUUGCCUCAAAAACUACCAGGCGGUGGUCUCUCCGGGAGACUGCAUCUUCGGCACCGCCGUCACCCCGGUGCUGGGCUCCAACUCGUUCAGGGCGGAGGGUGCACCUCUCAGCACCCCAGUUCGACUGCCCUUCAGCUUUGGAUGGCCGGGAUCCUUUUCUUUGAUUAUUGAAGCCUGGUAUUCACCUGUAGACUCAAACAACUCUGACUUAAAGAUUAGUACUUUUGCCAUCCAAAGACAGUUGGACGUAGGGGCUGAGUGGUCUCAGGAUGUCCAAAGUGGGCAGCAGACAGAGCUGAGGUAUUCUUACCGGUUCAUCUGCAAUGAAAAUUACUACGGCGACAGUUGUUCCAAAAUAUGCGCACCCAGGGAUGACCGAUUUGGCCACUACACCUGCAAUCCAGAUGGGCAGUUGUCCUGUCUCCCUGGCUGGAAAGGGGAAUACUGUGAAGAACCUAUCUGCCUUAAGGGGUGCAGCGAGGCCAACGGCAAUUGCUCCAAGCCCGGAGAGUGUGUCUGUAGAGAGGGUUGGCAGGGCACCUUCUGUACUGAGUGUAAGAAGCACCCAGUGUGCAAGCAUGGCACUUGCAACCAGCCUUGGCAGUGCAACUGCAAGGAGGGCUGGGGUGGACUCUUCUGUGACCAAGAUCUGAACUUCUGCACCCACCACAAGCCGUGUAAGAAUGGAGCCACGUGCAUGAACACAGGCCAGGGCAGCUACACGUGCACGUGCAUGCCAGGCUACACUGGGGUCAACUGUGAGCUGGAGGUGCGGCAGUGUGACAGCAACCCCUGCAGGAACAGAGGCCACUGUACGGAGCUGGAUAAUGGCUAUAUGUGCACCUGCCUGCCUGGCUUUGAGGGCUCUCACUGUGAACACAGCCUGCUCACCUGUGCAGAUAUGCCAUGCUUCCAAGGCGGCAAGUGCCACGAAAAGGACAAUGGCCGCAGCUACUCAUGUGACUGCCCCAGAGGUUACACAGGCCUCAACUGUGAGAAGAGGGUGGACAAAUGCACGACCCUGCCAUGUGCCAACGGUGGUGCGUGUGUUGUUCUGGGAGGCGUACGCAUGUGCAGCUGCCGCGCCGGCUUCACGGGUCAGCGCUGUGAGAUCAACAUCAACGACUGUGCAUCCAACCCCUGUGCCAACGGGGGCACCUGCCACGACCGGAUCAGCGACUACAUCUGCUCCUGCCCCCCAGGGUACGGAGGCCGCAACUGCAACCUGCUGACCACUGCCUGCCCCGCUCAGCUCUGCCUCAACGGGGGCUCAUGUGCCACCAUCCCCGGAGGACCUCCAGCCUGCUUCUGCCCCAGCGGCUUCACCGGACCCCGCUGCGAGUACUUCGCACUCACCCUGCCCUCCCUCCCAGCAACCGAGCCCAAGGACAGCUUCCAGUGGGCCGCCGUGUCCCUGGCUGUGGGGCUGGUGGCCCUGUUGGUCCUUCUCUGCAUGGUGGGCAUUGCACUGCGCCACAUUCACAGACAGGCCAAUGCCGAAAGAACUCAGGCAGAUGCAAUGAACAACCUGUCCGAUACGCAGAGAGACAAUUUAAUACCUACGUCCCAGUUAAAGAACACCAAUAAAAAGGUGGGCCUAGAAGUGGACUGUGGACCAGAGAAGUCCAAUUACAUACACAAGAAUUACCACUUGGACUACAACUCGUCAAAAGAUUUCAAAGAGGCUCCUUCGCAAGAGGAUAAAAGUCACAAAUAUGAAAAGUGUUUAGAAGACAAAAUACCAUUGAGUAGAAUGUACAGCGAAAAGCCGGAGUGUAGGAUAUCAACAAUAUGUUCCCCGAGAGACUCCAUGUACCAAUCUGUGUUUGUAAUAGCGGAGGAGAGGAGUGAAUGCGUCAUAGCAACUGAGGUAUAAAUGACAGGAGGAUGUAUACGAAGCGGAGAGAUGGGGAGGACACAAUCAAAGCAGAAUAUCCUGGAUUGUUUACAAAAAAACUGAAGAGACUGGAGAUGAUUAUUUGUGGUGUCCACUGCUGCUCUGAGAAACUUGAGGAACUGAAGAGAGAAAGAGCGGAACUCUGCUCACUGAACGCAAUAGAUUAGUUCCUGUUGAAGGAGUGUUUGUGUACAAACGUGUACAGUCCUGGACGUUUUUCUCAUCCCUUCUGCUACGGUAUGGUUUUUCCCUCACAAACUGUAAGGAGGAAAGAAAAGGACUUACACUGCAAGAGGAAAAAAAUGUUUUUGGCAGAGAGAAGUGGUCUCCCCCCACAUUGAGUGAGUGUUUCUCUCUCUCUCUCUUUCCUUCUCUUUCUCUCUCUCUCUCUGUCUGUCUGUCUGUCUGUCUGUCUCUCACUCUCGUGUGGUAAUCACGGACACAUCAUCUGCCAACAAAUCACUAAGAAGGUGCCAGGAACUUCCAAACCUUCAACCAGCAUUGCCAGCUAUGCAAGAACGGAGAGGGGGGAACCAAUCAGAGCCCAAUCCCACUCACCCCAAUCAUGAGAAGAGAUAUGAAUGUCUGAAAAAAACAACAUGUACAAAUGUCAAUCAUAUCAAAAAGUGACUGUUGUUCUCCGUGCUAAGAUUGUAUGCAGCCCAAAUUCACAAAAAAGCCUUAAAAGAAUGGGAAAGGAUGCUAAUUUUGUGCCCCGGGUCGUCUUGGAUUGCCUGAAACGAGGGAAACAUUCCUUUUUAAUCAACGGGGAUUCUGACGACAGCAGGAUUGUUAUACAUCGAGCUGCACAAAAAGGAUCCAAGAGGACAUAAAGUGUCAUUUAUGUCUUUUAUGCAACAUGGCCCAACAUGUACAAGACCAGAGAAUGACAAAAAAAAAAACAGAGAAAAAAAGUGACUGCACACCACUGACUGCCUAUAAUUAGUUUUUGAGACCAAUAAUGUAAUUUUAAAAUAAAAAAGAUUAUUUCCAGAGUUAAUUUAAUUGACACACUGCUCUUUAUAUGUUUUAUACUAUUAUUUUGUAUAUAAUGCAUAUUUAUAAGAACCAAACAUCUGAAGAAUAAAAAAAUGUUAAUUCCUUCUGUA